AUGCCCCGUAUUCGAACGUCGGCUGUGUGUACCUGCUUGACAGCUGCGGACCCCAUGAUGCCAUACACAUCCGAAGGAUCAGCUGUCGAAGCAGCUCUCACGAUCCGUAGCGGAGCCUCUUUGCUCGCGGGCCCGAGCUGCAGCCAUGCAGGUACCAUGCUCGAGUCGGAGUGCGGCGAAACUUGGCCAGGUCACGAUUCGGACCCCAACGGAGAGCUGAACGAAACCACAACGUUGAAACCUCGUGUUCGAAAAUAA